AUGCUGCUAAAGAAUAAUAACGCGCAGACUGUGCUGCACGAUGCUGUUACUAAAGGUACGCUAGAAAUAGUGAAAUAUCUUGUUGAACAUGGCGCUGAUGUAAAUGGUAAGGAUAUAUACGGAUGGGCAGCGCUUAACUAUGCUGCUACUAAAGGUACGAUAGAAAUGGUAAAAUAUCUUGUUGAACAUGGCGCUGAUGUAAAUGGCACGGAUACUAACGGGAGGACAGCGCUUCACGCUGCUGUUAGGGUUAAUAGAUUAGAAAUUGUGAAAUAUCUUGUUGAACAUGGCGCUGAUGUAAAUGGCAAGGAUACUAACGGGUGGACAGCGCUUCACGCUGCUGUUAGGGUUAAUAGAUUAGAAAUGGUGAAAUAUCUGGUUGAACAUGGCGCUGAUGUAAAUGGAAAGAAUACUGACGGGUGGACAGUGCUGCACACUGCUGGUAGUAAAGGUAAGCUAGAAAUGGUGAAAUACCUUGUUGGACAUGGCGCUGAUGUAAAUAACAAGGAUAAAAAAGGGAGGACAUUCUUGCAUGCUGCUGUCAUUCCUGGCGGAUUAGAAAUUGUCAAGUAUUUAGUUGACCGGGGUUCUAACAUAACUCUGAAAAGUGAAAUCAGCGUUCAUACUCUUGGCAAUAACAUAAUGAAGAUUGCUGUUGAGAAAAAUUCAGUUGCUUUGGUCAAUCUUCUGUUGGAAAAGAACAUCGCUGUGUGGAGAGCUGGAACAUUUCAUGUUGAAGGAAGACAAAUGAGUCUUCUUGAAUGGAGUCCGUAA